GCUAGCGCCUGUGUGCCAUUUUACGCGUGUUACUGCGGUCUUCGCCGUGAUAUCCCCCGCCGCCUGAUUCGGCGGGCAUGUUUGUUCCCCCAGCGCUUUCGCAUCGAUCCUCAGGUCCAAUUAAACUCCUCGAUGGAUAGUCGCAACCCCCAUGCCCCCCUCGGACCCGUUCCAACGCCGCGAACGAAGCCGGGAGCCUACCCAGCGUGAUUUCCAACACGUCUGACGCAGAAUCUAAGCCUACAUAUCCUAUCUGACGGCGGGGCCACAGAACCUCUACCGCCGCGAUGGUCAAGCUUUCCACGAUGUCACGGGCCACAGGUUACCGGUACGGCCGGUGCCCUGAUCGAGACGUGCUCACAUCUUGAAGACUAAUCCACCAAGCCCCCGAUUUGUGCAGCGGGAGUUCGUCUCAACCGUCCGACCACUUGCGGCGGACUCUGACGAGGACUUCGCUGGGGGCGUGGGACUGGAUUUUUACCGUGAACGCGCGUGGAGUCUGCCACAGGACUUUGAGAGAACGCUACGAUGAAUCUGCAUCAAGUUCUGACGGGCGCUGUGAACGCCGGGGAUCACUGCUACUCCGUCGGAAGCGUAGAAGGCGUACCGUUCACGGUGUAUGCUGCUGGAUGCAAUAUAGUGAUAUUGGCAAGCAACUUUGAGAGGGUACAGAUCAUCCCAGGUGUGUGCCAUGGCAAUGUCCAAGUCUGCUGCAUCGAUUGCUCCACUGACAUUGGAAAGAUUUCGGCUGCUUACGGCAAAGAUGUCGCCAUCUUUGAACCUUCUCCCCUCUUGCAGCAGACUUCAGCUCACAAACUGGACUACAAAUGGAUCCAAACAGCGACGAUUGAGCUGGACUACACUGUCAGCGUGCUCUCCUGGAACCUUGAAGGCACGCGACUUCUGACCGGCGGCGACUGGAUCCAGCUCUGGCGCUGCACCAUUCAGGGAGAGAGUGAAGUUCUCCGUGAAGACGGAGGGGGCGGUGUCCGGAUGGCCGCCGGCCCCGCCGUCUCUUUCCAAUUGGGCAACGAGGAAGCUCCGCCCCCGCUCCCAGAGGAGACUGCCUCGUGGGACUGUAUUUGGAAGUGCAGGACAUCUCGGCCAGUUAGUUUUCUGCGGUUCUCGCCGGAUGGCACGCUUUUUGCGUCUGCGGGCAAGUCUGAUCGUCUCGUCAAGAUCUGGCAUGACAGUCACAAAGCCCCGGAAUCGGCCGGUCAAGCCGCCGCCGCGAGAACGUGUGGCGGACGCGGAGACCAGCCGUGGAACUUUGGCUUCGUCUAUGCGGCGCAUCCGAGAGCCGUCACAGGGCUGUCAUGGCGGCGGACAAGCAAGUUCAUGCCCAGGGGUUCGGUGGCCAACAUGCUGGUGACGUCGUGCCGGGACAACAUCUGCCGCCUCUGGGUGCAGACCCUGCUGCCCGAGGAUGGCCUGGUCAAUGUCCAGCAGAUCGAGGCCCUGGCCAAUCAGACGCCCCGCCUGCAGACGCAGCGCCACAGGCAGCGCAUACUCCAGAAGCUGCGCCACAUGAAGUCGCUGAGUGAAUACCAGCGGCGGCAGGCGGCGCAGAGCGGCGAGGAACCCCGGGAGACCAUCCCAUCCCUGCCGAGCACGUACAGUGUGCACGAUUUCCACAGCUUCGGGCUCCAGGGGUCGGGAGUGGCUGCGGGCCUCCACUUUCAUCUGGCGGCUAGCAUAAACGCCGAGACAGACAUUCCACUAGUUCCAAGCCUCAGUGCAGCUGCGUCGAGCAACGGCCAUGAGCCCAACUUCGUCCUUCACUGGCUGAACAACAAGGAGAUGUCGUUCAGCAGCGCCACCGAACAGCUCAUUCAGGAGCUGAGCCUCAAGGCCAUCCAGGCCCGCAGGGAGCACCAUAGACAGCAGCUGGCCGCUCAACUGAAGGCCGCCCACGAUGCUGCUGAGGAAGAGAGAGAGCUCGCCGGGGAAGGGGACAUGGACGACGCUGAAGAUGCCGAAGGUGGAGUGUCGAAAGCAAGCUGGCAAGGGAGGUCAGGCCUGAAGUCGCUGCGUCUUGCAAAUGCUGCGGCACCGACCGAAGAAACAGUUCAGGCGUCAGCAGCCGCUAAAGCCUUCUCGCCGGCAUCGUCGUCUGCUUCCUUGGCCACUGAAGCAUCUGCCAAGAAUGCUGAGUCUCUGGGUGACGCUCUUGAUCGAAAGAUUGAGUCCCUACUUCGAGAGUGGCAUCAGAGUCCGGACCUGCUGUUCAGCAUUCACCCUGUCGACGGAAGUUUCCUCGUCUGGCUGGUUGACUGGCUGGACGAGUGCAGCCCAGGGUCGUUUCGCCAAGCUUUGGUGAGCUUCUCGUCGCGGAUUCCGAGCGCCAUCCCCCUGGGGGAUGCGGCCUCCCUCUCCCACCACCUGGCCCUGUACCUGCCCACGGCGGGUCUGGACUUGCGCACUGUCCUCCAGGGCCUGGGAAGCUGGACACAGCUGCCGGUGCCGGCCGUGCAGCUGCCGCCGGGGGACCAAGGCGGCGAGGAGGCCGAGGAGGCGGGCCCCAAGCCCUUCUGCUGCCUUGCUGCACCCUCGCCCAGCGUGUGCAUGCUCUCCAAGCACCACAACGGGUCGCUCAACCUCUGGCACCUCACCUUCAGCGAGGAGUCGCGCUUCACCCACGUGCUGAGUAUCGGUCACGCUUCAAGAGUCUCGGGCCAUCGGUUCCGCAUCAACGACAUUACGUGCCACCCUGUGCUUCCGCUGCUGCUGACAACCUCGCACCACAACCUGCCAAGGGUCAAGGACCCAGCGGACCACGAAGACCAGCUUCCGCGACAGGACAGCAAAGAGGAGCGGGACGGGAGGAAGCGGCGGGAUUCCAGUUUAGCUGCCGCACCGACGGAGGGCUUUUGCAGCGAGCUCAUCCUCUGGAAGGUGGAGUCCGUCGGACCUCUGUCCAAGUCUGGGGGAGUGGCGGAGCUGGCACGGAUCAACUCGCUGGAGCCGUCUGCUUUCUCCAACGUGGCCUGGGUGCCCACAUUGCUGCCCAGCACCACUUUAGGGAGCAUUUCGAAUUCUCCGAGCGCCUGCUUCGUGGCCUCGGACGGUCGGCGGUUGCGGGUGUACCAGGCGGUGAUAGACGCUCGCACGCUGCUCGCCGAAGUGCAGGCUGCGCGUCGCCGGGACAACGCCGACGUGGCGAGCGUUUCGAGCACAACUUCUUCCGGCAUUGACGCGCAGCAUGUGUACCUUCAAGACGACUUCCGCAUCGUGAGCCUUCAGUCGACAGCGCGUCCCGGUUGCGUGGUGGAACUGGACGCGAUUGCAGAGGCCACCCACGACUGGCAGAACACGCAACUUCUGCACGUGUUCCAAGAGCAGCUGAUCGUGGGGGCCAAGAGCGGGGGCACCCUGGCCGGCGUCUUGGGCCCCCAGGAGGAGUCGCAGGAGCGCCAGGUGGGUCUGCUGGAGACCUCGUACCAGGCGUUUGUGGACCUGCGCCACAGCUCGGACUUUGAGGAGCCCUUCUACCUGGUGGUGCUCGAGAAGGCCGAGUCGGGGCGCUCAGCUCUGCACAUGUGGCGCCUCGUCAUCAGCUCCAGGGCUUCUACCGACGGGGGGAUGGCACAGACUUCUGGCCGUCUGCCCGAAGACCUGCCACCUCAUGACAGUGACCACUCACUGUCGUCCCGAAGCAACAGCCCCGAACUGGCAGCGUCCGGUCAGGGGGGACCGAAUUCGGCGUCACCGCGAGCGUCUCCUCUGCGCAUUACGACCUGCAAGGUGUGCACGCAAGAGCUCCCUUUGCCCCAGGGAGUGGAAAUCGCACAUGCUGCCCCGGCGGCUGGGCACCUGAGCUCUUCCAACAUUUACCCAGCGUGCUUUGCACCCUACGUGUUGUCCACGGCCUGCUCGGACGGGCUGACCAGGUUUUGGAAGUGCCUGGUGGAUCGCGACGAAAAGAACAACCCCAGCUACGCGUGGGUGGAGUGGGAGAUGACCCUGAACAAGGCGUCAAGCGCCAUACCCGUGCCUGGGACACCUCUGAGCGUGAGCUGCGCGUACAGCGGCCGAGUGGCGUGCGCCUACAAGCGGGGCCAGUCGUUCACGCGACCAACGUCCGUCAACCCCUCCGACCGUUUUGUCAAUCUCGGCGUGGCCAUUUACGAGUGCGAGUCCACGGGCGGCUCCGAAUGGAUCCUCGAAGACACCGUGCUCCUCAACAACGUCAGCCUAGCACGCAUGGACCAGACGGCGCCGGGCGUCGACCUUGCCCCACUCAUGGACUCGACGCUGCGCCACCGCAAGACUGCCGACACGCUCGUUCAGCGGCUGACCUCGGACGGGGACCUGAGCGGUCCCCCCGCGGGGUCCCUGCAGCGGCUGCUGGCAGUGCCCAGCUACGCAACGCUGCACACGCUGCGUCGGGCCGUCAUCGAACAGGGCAACCAGUGCCCGCUGGUGCACAAGUCGCUGGUGCAGCUGGACUGGGUGUCGUCGGAGGACGGCUCGCACGUGCUCACGGUCGCGGUCGGGUCGAGGGUGCUGCUCUUCACUCCGGUGUCGCAGGACCUCAUCCAGCAGGGGGGCGGGGGCCUCGAGCAGAGGGGUUUGGGUUCCGGCGGGACCCGCCCCCUCCUCAAGCAAAUGUCCUCCCUGGGGGCGCCCGUGGCUGCGGCCGGAGCGGAGGCGGUGCGCUGGCUCCAGAUCCGUUGCACCAAGCUGGAGACGGCAGACGGACUGCCGGCCCUGCCCAUGCAGCUGUCCUGGGUCAGGGACGGCAUCCUGGUGGUGGGCAUGGACAGCGAAAUGCACAUCUACUCCCAGUGGAGGCCGCAGAAGGGGGCUCCUAAGGGCAUGAGGGGUGCUCCCCAGUGUGGGGCGGAAGAAGAGGACCUGUGCCGCGUGCGGAUGGUUCCCGAGGAAGAGUUGCUGGGACGCGUUCAGGAAAUGUCCCAGCUCCGGCUGGGGCCGGGGGCACCCCUCGGCUUGGCCCGCAACGCCUCUUCCUCGUCGUCCCAGGCACUGGACAAGAAGAAGAUUCGGGUGGACGCAUCUUCCGCGCGACUAGCGUCUGCCGCCAAAGAGUCUGAAAUGACGCUAGGCCCAAUGCCGGACCUGGGCCUCUUUGAGACGAGUCGGCUGGCCUGGCCCAUGCUGCCCCAGUACCACCCCAAGCAGCUCAUGGAGCUGCUGGGCUUCGGAAAGAUCCGCAGGGUCAAGGCCAUCCUCAGCCACCUGGUCCGCUGCGUCUCCAAGACGGGACAGGCUCCGAGCGGCGGGGCAGGCGGAGGAGCCGACGGUGGGAUAGCCGAGGGUGCCGCCGAAGAAGAGGCGGUCGAGGACAGCAUGCGAGGGUGGUCGCGCUCGCGCACCCUGUCCCUGGCCGCGCCCGCCACCGGACCGUCGGGGACCCACAGUCCGAAGGACGGCGGCAACGUGGUGCCCGAAGAGCUGCAACUGGACUACGUGGAGAUCCAGUCGAUCCCACCGCUGCCCCUCUUUGCGCUGCUGGCAGCGGACAAGCAGACGGCGCAGCUGGCGGCGCUCGGGCGGAUGGACAUCUCGCCCGGCGCAGACGCCACAGAGGUGGCCUCGCCGCAGGAACAGCAUGACUACAGCACAUUGUUUGAGAGUGCACCGAAGAAGGACAAGUCCCUGGAAGACUUCCUUCAGGAGGAGGAUGCUCAGCCCAAGGCCAAACCGUUACGAGACCGCCACAAGUCUGCACCUGACAAGAACCCGAACCAUUUUGGAAUGCGCCAGGCUCGUCUGCUCACCCAGCUGCUGACGCACUGCCACCUCCCGGGCCUGUCGAGCGUGGACCAAAUGCACCUGCUCGCUCUGGCCGACACCAUCGCCUCCUUCCACGCCACCCUUGCCGACCGCUUCGACUCCGAGAUUGUCCACACUGUGCCAAAGGAGAGCGUUCGGCAGAACUAUGAAAUGGACAUUCAGGCCACUCCUGACUCCCUGGACGACUGUGGGCUGCGCUACUUCUUGGCGGUGCGCCACCACACGUACCUGGUGCGGUGCCUGCCGCUGGCGCACCGGGCCCAGCUUCAGCGCCAGGGCCUGGGCUCCCACAACCUGGUUUGGGCCUUUCACUCGGAGACCCAGGAGGAACUUGUGCAGCUGAUCCCCAGCCUGCAGAAGCCCACCCUACGCUGGGCCGAGCUGAGGGAGCUCGGCCUCGGCUGGUGGAUACGCUCCAACCAGCUGCUCCGCAGAAUCGUUGAGAAGCUGGCAAAGAGCUCGUUCCAAGCCCACUCCAACCCACUGGACGCCGCCCUCUUUUACAUGGCUCUCAAGAAGAAAAACAUUUUGGCCGGGCUGUUCAGGUCGGUGAGCGACAAGCGGAUGUCGGACUUCUUCCAGAACAACUUCGUUCAGGACCGCUGGCGAAAGGCCGCCCUCAAGAAUGCGUACGUCCUUCUCGGGAAGCAACAGUUCGAACACGCCGCUGCCUUUUUUCUCCUGGCCGGCUCCGUCAAGGACGCCGUUCAGGUGUGCCUGAACAAACUGGAAGACCUGCAGCUGGCCAUGGUAGUGGUGAGGCUACACGAGGGCGACCUGGACUCCACCCCGGAGCACCUCCAGCGCCUCCUCGAUGUGGAGGUGCUGGGCCAGCCCGAGGGGGCCGCGUCCUCGUCCCUGGCCCUGGCCCACCCGGACCCCUUCUUCCGCUCGAUGGCGCUGUGGCUGCUGCAGCGCUACGAGGAGGCCCUCACCACGCUGCUCCAGACCCACGUGGGGCAGCAGCACCACAGGAACAGCGCCCAGGUGCAGCCGCCCUCCACCCCGGUGACCGCGCCCACGGGGAAAGGAGCCGUGCCCAACGUGCCUGCGGACACAGCCGACCCCGGCGUGUUCAACUUCUACCUGUACCUCCGCACGCACCCGCUGGUGGUGCGGCGCCACCUGGCCAAGUCGAUGAGCGACCGGCGCCGCCAGGGACGCGCCGUCCUGCUCUCCGGGUUCAAGCCUGGCAGCCCGGUCUCAAAGACUUUGGCCACGGGUGGUGGCGACACCAUCACGCCGCUCGAGCGCCGCCUCUUCUUCACCACGAGCCACGCGCACUUCCGCGCCGGCUGCCCGCCCCUGGCCCUCGAGGUUCUAUCGCGCCUCCCCAACUGCAUCCUCGACGAAGACGCGACUCUCGCCGAAGAGGGGUCAACGGGAAAUCGGGAAGACCUCGCCAACGGGUUGGACGAGGCGCAGAAGGCGUCGGAGUUCGACUGGAGUCAGCCGCUGAGCGUGGAGAAGCCUCAGAAGGCCGGCGAGUUUGACUGGAGUCAACCGCUGAGCAUGGAGAAGCCUCAGAAGGCCGACGAGUUUGACUGGAGUCAGCCGCUGAGCACGGGCGGUGUCCAGAAGGAGGAAGAUUUAGACUGGAGCCAGCCGUCGGGCGUGGCAGCGACGCAACGGGCGUCGAACUUCGACUGGAGUCAGCCGUUGGCGGCGGACGUCGAAGACGACGCCGGGAACAAGAGUUUAAAGCAGCAGGACGCGUCGGAGGAUGCCCAGUCUCAGAACCGGGUGGAAACUUUGGACAUCAUGGCCCAGCAGCUCAAGUUCAUGGCCUGCCUGAAGAUCAUGAUGGAGGAGCUGAGCACACUGGCCACUGGCUUUGAGGUGGAUGGAGGCCAGCUGAGGCACCAGCUGUACCUGUGGCUGGAGCGCUGCGUGGCCGCACUCAAGGAGCUGUGCCAGUACGGUGCUACCAUGGUUCCCCCAACAGGGUCCUCAGCGUCCGAGACCUCCCUGCAUCCGGACGCCGUGGGCGAGGCCAGUUCGGUUGACGGCGCGAACCGACCUUCCGCCGACGGCCAGCUAGGGUUGGCGGGUGGCGGGCCCGUUCCGACGCUGCACGCCAUCUUGGUGGCGGACAAGCAGGACUUUGAGGCGAAGCUGGUGCGCGCGGCAAGGCGCAAGCUGUGGCUCAAGGCCAACGAGGCACUGCUCCGGACCCUCCUUUCCUACACUGGGCUCCACGGUGCUCAUGGAGGGGGCUUGGCGGCCGUGCGCAUGGAGCUGAACCUUCUGCUUCAGGAAUUGCAACAGGACCGAUCACAGCAGCAGCUCCUGUCGCCGCUUCCAUUCCCAACCACGCUUCCCUUGCUGGCUGCCAGCGUGGCCUGUCAAAAGACAGUGGUGGCCGACCCUGUUCGUCUUCUUCAGCUGAUGGCCCAAGACAUCCUGCAGACCGUGGUGGAGUUCCAGGAGCCCCCUGGGGCUGCUACCAGUGCCAGCACCUUCUCGAGGGUCUCGGUGCUCUGGGACCUGGGCACCUCCCUGUCCGCCUGCAUCUACCAGGCCCUGUGUGACAGCGACAGCUUUGGGGGCAAGGUGCAAGGCACCAACAGGGGGCUGGACGUUGAGGACUGCCUCAGCCUGAGUGUCGUGUACCAGAACAGCCACCUCUUGGCUGGUCAUGCUCACCGGCGACCACGGCUCAGCAGCAGCGAGGAGCCCCUUACACCGACCACCCUUCCGAGCAAGUGGCCGGGGGUGCAGUCGUUGCGCGCCCUGAUGGCGCGCGACAAGGAUGAGGACGGCCCCCGGCUCCACACGCUGCUGUGCGAGUCCUUCGUGGCGGUGUUCCUGAGCCAGCUGAUUCACGCGCUGGCCUCGUGCGACUGCCACGUGCUGUUCCGCCUGGUCGGGCAGCGGAUCACCAAGCAGACCUGGGGCAUGCUCUUCGGGGGAGGGGCCAAGAAGCUCCUCAGGGUCACAACGUCCGGCACCAGCGGUGGCACGACGCCGAGCGUGGCCCCCGAGAAGGAGGCCACAGCGACGGUAGAGACGGGCAUCUUUGACGCGCUGACGCGGCAAAGGGUCAAGUGGAACAUGAAGAUCCUGCCCCAGCUCAAGACCGAGGCCCCACAAACCAAGGAGAGGGAGGACCGACCCACCUACAGGGAGCUCUUCGUGCCACCCGUCCUGUCCAUGAUGUCGUGCCUCAUGUCCAAGCCAUCUUUGCCAGACCAGUGGGGACCCCUGGACUACGACUCGGCGGAAUCAGUGCCGAGCGACGAAGAGGAAGCCGGUGAGGAUGAAGAUGAAGACCACGACGAAGACGACGUGUUCGGGGACCUGACGGCGGAUCGCAGACGUGCGUCUCAGGCGUCUCGGCUGGAGCAGCUAGACCCCGGGUCAUACGCGUGGGCCCUGAUGCGCUACGCCACCCUCAAGCUGGCACAGCAUAGCCUGAGGGACUUCCUUGCGGUUGCGGGAAUCGAGCUUCAGGAGCUUCCAGUGACGAGCCCCUUGCUACACGCUUCCCUGCGUUCCCUGGACCACUGGCUGCGCCACCUGCGGGAGGCCCUGGAGGCUCACGGGGGUCCUCCACCGGGGCUGCUUCCCAACAGUUACGUGGAAGGUGCCGGCGCGCCCCAAGGGGCCCCGACACAAGGCCCCCCGAUCCUCAAGUACAAGGUCCUCCUCGAACUGGACAACACCCCUUUCAGCCGAAGCAGGCACCCGGCUGCCCUGCCGGCUCGGCGACUCUGGAACUACCUGGUGCGACAAGAAGAGGUCCAGGAGUUGUUCAUCCGUUACCUCUUCUCGCACAAGGUGGCGCCACCAACAGAGGACGUUGCAACUGUUGCCGCCGUGCCGGCGAGCGACGCCGGAGACGACCGCUCCAUGGAUGGUGCCUUGCCGGAUCCAGUCCGCAUCAUCCACAAGGACCAGGAGAGCAUAUCGGCCUUUUGCGUCAGCCAGGUGAACGACGGCAUCCUAGCGCUGGCCACGCCCAAAGAGCUCCAGGAACUCGACAUCACGGUGCUGCUGGAACCAGCUCCCUGGCUGGACGACGAGGCAGAGUUUGACAUCCUCAACCUGAACCGGCCUCCUGAUCAGGCAGUUGCCCAGUCAUUGGACUUCCUGGUAGUGCAACAUCCGUUGGAUCGGUUCAACGCGGCACCGGGCGCGGGUGGUCUGGGCGGCGCUUCGACCUUCAACAGUCCGACCAGCGCCAAUCCACCCAGUCUUUCGGCACAGACAGGUCGAGGAACAACCAUGAUGAAAGGGCUCAAUUUCCCCGGGAGCUCAAACCCCCACUUCUGUCAGUUUGUGCUCGAGCGAAGCCGUCACAUGAUCAAACCGCUGAAGCGACACAAGGUGGACUCCGUUCGCCGGCUAACCUCUCAUCCCGUGCUGCCGCUGUAUUUGUCUGGCUGCCAGGAUGGUUCGGUGAGCCUGUGGGAGUGGGGACACACGCAGCCGGUGUCCACCCCUAGACUGGCCGGAACGUUCGCCAAGGUCACCAGCCUUCUGUUCAACCAGCAAGGCAAUAAGUUUGGCGUCACAGACGGUGACGGUAACCUCAGCCUGUGGCAAGUGGGGGUCACAUCACCAAAUGCCAAGCCUUUCUUUAGUGCGUCGUGUCACUCUAAACAAGCGAGUGACUUUGCCUUUGUGAGCUCGUCCAGUCUGAUCGCCACAGCGGGACAUUCCAAUGAAAACCGCAACGUCUGCCUUUGGGACACCCUCCUUCCCCACCGCAAGGCCCUCGUCUCCGCGUUCACCUGCCACGAGCACGGCAGCUCGGCGGUCGUGUUUGCGCCGCAGAACCAGCUGCUCAUCUCCGCGGGGAAGAAAGGUGACAUCUUCAUCUUUGAUGUGCGUCAGCGGCAGCUCCGACACAAGUUCCAGGCCCACGAUACCGCCAUCAAGUGCUUGGCCGUAGAUCCGAGAGAAGAGUAUUACAUAUCCGGCUCCGCAGACGGAGACAUCAAGGUGUGGGGCCUGUCCGUGCACGUGCUGCUGUACGCGUUUCCCAACGAGCACUCGCGGAGCACGCUGUUCCGUAACAUCGGCAUGGGAGUGACGCACCUGUCGACCGACGCCCACGGACGCCUCUACUCGUGCGGAGCCGACGGAUCCAUGAAGCUGCGCCAACUCCCCGACCGAGACGCCGUGGUCGCGAGCUUCAUCUAGAAGUUCGCGCCGCCUUCGCCGCACUUCACACCUCGCUCCGGAACCUCGUCGCAAGCUUCGCCAAAACUCCGGGCUCGUUUUCCCCGUUCGACUUCAUUCCCGACACAUUCUUCUUUUUUUACGUUUGCGGUACGCCGCGUUGUCAGUUUAUCUAGCUUUUUCCGCAGUUCGAACGGAACGGUAACUUGACAGACGUGCCCCGGUGUUUUACGAGAGUUACGCCGGCAUCGAAGCGAACGCUUCGCUUUCUUCCGUCAAGGAGGCAAGAUGGCCGAUCUCGAGCUGCGACUCUGCCGCCUUUCCUUUUUUAUUUUUUUGCCGGUUCUUUGUUCUUGGACGUGAGGUUAUAGCUGUGAUAAGUUGCUCCCCCCCUCCCGUUAGGUACGGCCACCCGCACCCAUUCUCGUCCCGAAACGUGCACUUGUGGAGUUUCGCGUCAUCGUCGGCCACGGCCGUCUGUUGUGCGGGGAACAAAGGGGGAAUGUCGGAUCGCCUUAUGCAACAGAAAAAGAAGAGAAAAAAAAAAAAAAGCUCGCGUCAGACGUUUUGUUUUUGAUUAAACUUAUUCUCGAUGGUGGGCCGCCGAUGCAAGCGCGGAACCUGUUGAGGUGUCGCGGAUGCCGCCAAGUUAUGUGUCAGUCCGUUUUCGUCGCUAGUCAUGUUUUUAAAUGGCAGUCGAGACUCGUCGCGUCUUCGGAGAACGCAAGGACUCCGUGCAAGCGGAGAGCCGAGAGAAACGCGCCUCGACGGCGGCGUCGAACGUCUGCUACGAUGUCUCGUUUCGAUUCGGAGCGAAAACGCGAUUCUAGCAAACGACAACGUGCAGUGCUGUGGCGCGUGUGCCAGAGUUCUAAAGCUCCGGGUUGCGUAUGUACAUAAUGUAUUUAUGAAUGUGGAAUUUUUUUCGGCUUACACCUUCUGGGUUCUACUUAGCGCCGAUUUUUUUUAGAUGCAACUGAAUUACGGAGAGUACUGCGAGAUGUGUCGACGAUUGUGUCCUAAAAUAAAGAUGUGUUUAUGGUGUAA